UGAAAAAUGUUUCACGAGAACUGCACGAGGUGUUGAAAACAUUAACAAUGUUUUAUUACUUAUUGGAAUUGCCAUAUCAAAACCUUGUAACUAUAUUUGAAGAAUAGUCGAUUGUUUCCUUCCUUGCAGUGCCCAAAUAUUUGCUCGGAGGAAAAAAGUUAUUAUAAAUUGUGUUGUCCCAGUCCAUUAGAUUCAGAAAACAUGAUAGGAUAAGAUUCGCCACCUGUAAUUUUCUUCUGUCAAGGACAUCCCGAUGGAGAAUCUACCAACCUAGUCUUAUCAACAAUCAUGAUACACAGGUGAACGAGAUAGACCAAAAGGUUAGGGCAUAUUUUUAGAGGCCCCGCGGGAGAGAGAGAGAAAAAAGCUGACCACGGCCCCCAAGGAACUACACGGGCAAGCCCAUAAUGAAUGGACCAAUGAGAGCAGUUAGCUCCAGGUGUUUUAGUUUUGCAUCCGUCACCAUGAAAUCACGACGAAGUUGGUCUGUGACAGCGUCUGACCUUGCCAGAAACACCUUCAACCCAAUCCGGACUGUAGUGGAAUCGAUGAAAUUGACGCCCAAUCCCGAGAAACCUAUGAUAGCCUUGUCUAUUGGUGAUCCGACGAUAUUUGGAAAUCUGUGCCCGUCGGAGGAAAUUGUCGAGGCCGUCGUCGAGAGUGUUCGCUCCAUGAAAUACAACGGCUAUGCUCCCAGCACUGGCUAUGAAGAAUCUCGCAAAGUUGUGGCGUCUUAUGUCUCCGUACCUGGAGCCGCUGUCGAGGCUAAGGACAUAAUUUUAUGCUCUGGCUGCUCUUGUGCCCUUGAUCUGUGCAUUUCUGUAUUGGCCAACCCGGGACAAAAUAUUCUUGUGCCUCGUCCCGGAUUUCCACUGUAUAGAACGUUGGCGGAAGGAUUGGGCAUCCGAACUAAAUUUUACGAUUUGAAGCCGGAAAAUGGUUGGGAAGUCGACCUGGAGCAACUGGAAGCACAAAUUGAUGACCAAACGGCGGCUAUCGUGCUCAACAAUCCAUCUAAUCCAUGCGGAUCCGUCUACAGCCGUGAACAUUUGAGUGCCAUUCUUCAAAUUGCAGCUCGCAAUUUCGUUCCCAUUAUUGCAGAUGAAAUCUACGACUACUUUGUAUUUCCGGGGCACGAGUUUCAUCCAGUUGCUUCGUUAACGAAUGAAGUUCCCAUUCUCACUUGCGGAGGAUUGACUAAAAGGUAUCUUAUACCUGGCUGGAGAAUGGGCUGGAUUGUUGUGCACGACAGGAACGAAGCACUAUCACAAGAGGUUAGGAAAGGGUUGCAGAGUCUUAGUCAGAGGAUUAUCGGCAGUAGCACCGUCCUGCAAGGAGCCCUGAGUCGAAUUCUGACGCAAACACCACCCGAGUUUUUCCAGUCAACCAUCGGACAAGUUUACGAUAACGCCCAACUGGCACAUCAACUACUGUCUGGCUUGCCUGGAAUGAAACCAAUCAUGCCUUCCGGGGCAAUGUACAUGAUGGUUGGCGUAGACAUGGCCAAUUUCCCCGAGUUUGAAAAUGACUUGCAAUUUGUGGAACGGAUGGUUACGGAACAAUCCGUCUUCUGUCUUCCCGGCCGAUGCUUCGAUUACCCCAACUAUUUCCGCAUCGUCUUAACGGUACCCGAGCUACAACUGCGUGAAGCUUGCCACCGAAUUGGCCAAUUUUGCACGUCCCAUUUUGUGGCGCCCAUCAACCUGGGAAAAGAAGAAGCAAUGUCCAACAACCACAUUCACCACGAACUGCACAAUGGAAUUGUCACCAUCAUAGAGCCUUGACACCUCAACGAGAAAAAACUAAAAAACAGAUUUGAUUUUGGAAUAUUUUUAUCAGUAGUCUUCUACUAGUAGGCGUUUUUGCAUCGGUUCGUGCAGAAACGGAAAUUUUUGCCGUCCACUUUCACCCGGUACAACAUACAACUCUUCCAUCCAUUCACCAGUGGAUCACCUGGACGCAAACGUAUUUCUAUUUUAUAAGGUGCGAUAUUCAACGAUUUAAAGUUUCGGAAGAUUUUUAAGGUUUUGACAAAAAGUUAAUAGCUACUAUUAUAUACAAAUUCUUGCCGAUUAUGUAACGUUACAGACUAAGUAAUGUUACAAGCCUAAAAUAAGAAAACAAAACCCAAUACAAUUUUUUAAGACUAAA